AUGCCUCGAUUCGCCGUCCCAGCAGCGCCUAAAUGUGCGCGAUGCAACACAUCCGUCUACCUCGCCGAACAGGUCAUCGGUCCUGCUUCCAAGCCAUACCACAAGACGUGUCUCACCUGUGUCGUGUGCAACAAACGACUCGAUUCCACCCUUCUUGUAGAGCACGAUGGUGAACCAUACUGCAAGAACUGCCACAAAGAGCACCUGGGCACUGGCAAAGGUGGUUUUGCAAAAGCUGUAUCGCUCAGCCCAACUUCGCCCAAAUCGCCACGCUCUCCUGCUACCAAUCUUACGAAUUCGACAAGGAGCCCUAUCUCGACUCCAUCCAGGACAGGCGCUGCGAUGCAGCAGUUCAGCACACCAGAGACUACACUCAGUAGAGGCGGCUACACGGAUUCUUCGGCAAGGCGAUCACCGAGUCCGACCAAGUUCACGCCAGGUGCGUCGCUGACGGGGAGUGAAGAUCAGGUUCCAGGGAUUAGUAUCCGUUCGCGAGGGAUUGGUGUGACUAGUCCUUUGGCGUCGCCUCCGUCGCCAACUAAGGCUUCCUCGCCUUCUGCACGUACUGCAGAUAUUGUAUCGCGUAGUGGAGGGGGCAAUAGCUCACCUGUGCCGAUCAGGUCUAUUGAUGAAGCAAUUGCUUCUGGUAAUGCUGUGCUGAACGAUCCUGUCGCUCGUCUACAGGCUGCUGUGAGAGGAAUGAGCAUCAAUAACCCUCCUACUGCAUCAAAUGAGGAUGACAGCUUCGAAGCGACCCCUACAGCACACUCUGCUACAGGCCACACGAUCCCAUCAGCCGACUACUACGCCACACCUUCUCCUCCACCUGCCUCGACCCGUGAUCGUGCCACCACCCCAUCAUCCUCCUCCAAACCCCAGUACACCCAAGAAACAACCUACGCAGAAGAUGGAACUCCCAUCACGAUCCAAACCUGUCGCAUAGCCGCCACAGACACCAUCGGCUCCAUCCGUUUCACCGGCACGUCCUCCCCCACAUCCACCACCGCCCGCCUUCCACCCACCGUCAACACCGCCUCCCCCCUCUCCGCCAUCGGCUCCCUCCCCCUUCCUCGCCGCCCAGACCCCAAAACCCUAACCGGUGCAUCAGGAACAGCAAAAAUCGCCCCGCCACGUACAAUCCCUAACCCAGUCACCGAAUCUUCAUCCACAGACUCUCUCCUCUCCUCACGCCGCAAGUCAGGAAUAGACAGAAUCGGAUUGAGCUCAAGCAUAGUCGACGCGAGUGGAGGUACCCCGUUGUGCGCGAGGUGCGGUAAACCGGUUUACUUUGCAGAACAGAAAGCUGCAGCGGGGAGUAAGUGGCACAGAGCUUGUCUGAGGUGCGAUGGUUGCAGUACAACUCUGGAGUCUGGGAAGUUGGAGGAAGGGCCGGUGGGUGGAGGAGGGGUAGGAUCGGGUGCGCCAAAGGGGGGUGCGAAUGUUUGGUGUAGGAUCUGUUAUGCAAAGUAUUUUGGGCCGAAGAAUUUGGCUGUUGGGUUGUCACUACCGGAAACGAUGCGUUGA